CAGCAGUUGCCUAUCGAGCUCGAAGACGGCCAUAAGUAAUUUUUCUACAGCAUUCAUCUCUGAUUAAUUUUGAUAGAUGCAUCCGGGCCCCUAGAAAUCAUUCAAUAUGGAGGUGCAGCUUUACGUAUAUGACCUAUCGAAGGGUCUGGCUCGAUCCAUGUCCCAGCAAUUUCUUGGGACGCAAAUAGACGCCGUUUAUCACACCUCUCUUGUCUUUGAUGGUAUCGAGUACUUUUAUGGACAAGGCAUCCAAACCUGCGCAGCUGGCUCUACGCACCAUGGAAAACCUAUGGAAGUGAUCCGUAUGGGAGAAACAGCUUUACCCAUGGAAAUUAUUCUGGAAUAUUUGGAAUCAUUGAAAGAAGUAUACACUGCCGAGGCGUAUGAUCUGUUCCUCCACAAUUGUAAUAACUUCUCCAACGAUUUUGCAAUGUUCCUCGUCGGCAAAGGCAUUCCAGAGCACAUUACCUCCUUGCCACAAACGGUGCUGAACACCCCUUUUGGCCAGAUGCUGCGACCUCAAAUCGACGCCGCCAUGAGGCCAAUUACGCAGGCUCCUGUUGCUCAACAGGCAUCCGCACCAACACGCCCUUACGGAACCAAUGGAACUGCAUCGCAGACGGGUGGCGCACCUCAGCUUACCCCAGAGGCAAAGAUCACUGGUGCAGUGAACAAUGUGACGGCUUUGCGUGAUAUAGAGCGUCUUCUGCAGUCAGCUACAGAUCGUUGCGCCAUCAUCUUCUUCACGAGCUCCACCUGCGCUCCUUGCAAAUUGGUGUAUCAGCCUUAUGAUGAUCUUGCGGCUGAGUCUGGUGAUAAAUGUGUUUUCAUCAAGAUCGAUCUCAACUACGCUGAAAAGGCUGUCGGAGUGCGGUUCUCCAGUGUUCGGGCAACUCCAACGUUCGUCACAUUCCUACGUGGCCAGCAACGUGAUGUAUGGAGCGGUGCAGAUCCAAACCAGCUGCGCAAUAAUGUGGAACUGUUGCUUACAGCGGCGUUCCCGCCACACCCGCAUCUAUCAAGAAAUGUACCUACAUUAAUCCGACAAAGCCAGCGUCCUAUUUCAUUCACCAAAGUUCCUCCUCUUGAGAAGCUAGUCGCAAAGAUGGGAGACGUAGGGAAGGACCCUGCCGUAUCUGCAAUUGUUUCCUUCAUCGACGCAAGGCAAAGAUUCGGUGCUAUGGAAGCCCCCUUGACGAACUUACCUCAAUUCGCCGAGUUUCUAAGGAAAAGUAUUACGACUCUUCCCCCUGAUCUUUUGUUUGUAUCUCUGGACCUACUUCGUGUCACUCUUACGGAUAUUCGAGUCGCUGGCUUCUUCGCUGAAGAGCACGCUGGUGCUACAGGCACGCCAGCGACUGUCGCAGCUCUACUAAAUCAUGUCAACGGCCUCGGUGCCUCUGCACCAUACCCCCUCCGUCUUACAACCCUCCACCUUUGUUGCAACUUGUUCAAUUCAUCGCUCUUCAUCCCGCAUCUGCUUUCUCCUCCACUUUCGUCAACGUUGGUACAAAUCCUCACCACCGCCCUUCUUGACGAAAAGCACCCUGCACUGCGGGCAUCAGCACUCUCCUUAGCCAUGAACAUCUCAUCUUCGAACCACAAGAUCCGUAUGAAGAAGCACAGCGCCAAUGCUUCGCCUUCGCUUCCGAGCGAAGUGGAACUCGAUGAUUCGGAGCAAGUCGAACUACUCGCUUCCUUACUCGAAAUUCUCUCAACUGAAGGAGCGGAAUUUUCCGAGACUCAGAAGAUGGCUUUGAUCAGUACGGGUUGGUUAGUAUACUGUGCGGAUAUGGACGGCGAACUGAGAGAUCUUUGGAAGGUCAUGGAUGCUGCGGGCACCGUAGGAAAGAUCCAAGGAAAGACCGGAGAAGAUAGAUUACUUGUCAGGGAAGUGAAGAGCCUCCUUGAAAUAUAGAAUCAAUGAGCUAGAAUACAUUGGAAAUCGCUGUGAGCACAGAUGAUUCGGUUCAGUCAAUAGAGUUAUUAGAGAAUAUACACGUUGUUGUACCAUCAAAG